CUGGUGUCUUACCUCGUUGCUGUGUCUUGUAUCUUCAGAGCGACCUCGGACAGUUCGAGGGAAAAGUCAAUGGUCGGUAUCCAUUCCCCUGAAGAACUGCUGAUGCCGCUGGAUGAUAUAGUCAACUCUGCCCGAGCACUUGCACAAAGCCAGCGGAAAAUUAAUGAUCCAGCCCAGGAGACCCAGUACAUUCACAUCGAGGGUACUAAGCAUAUGUUCUCCAUCUUCCAGCUCAGCGACACUCCGUGCAGGCGCGUGGUUGCCAUGGCGGCUUGUGAGUGUGUUCGACCAGUCCUCGACAUGAAGUUCAUCUCUCCCGCGCUUUCCGAACACCUUGAGGAGGUACGGCAGGUAGUGGGCACCGCCUAUCUCAGCACGGGCCCUCCCAGGUAA